AUGGUCCGCUGCCUGGCGGCGUCGAAGAAGAGUUGCUGCAUGCCGUGCGGAGACUACGAGCUCGGGCUGCGUCUCAUCAAGUCGAAUGCGUCCAAGGGAUCCGAGGCGGCGUCCACCGGCACCGCCCUAUGGAACACCACCGGCAUUUUCCCCUCGGGAGCCCCCCCGGCCUGCAAUCUUCUCUCCGGCUACCAGCAGUGCGAGCUGCUGCUUGAGUCCGUUGCCUGCGCCGCGACAUGCAACCCUGAUAUGGGUAACUACGUCAUCAAGUACAACGACGGCCCCACAAUCACCAUCUGCCCCGCGUUUGCCGACCAGCUCUAUGCAGCCUGCAAGGACUCGCGAUAUGGAGUCAUGAACAAUGUCACCGACGCUACCACGUUCGCCAGCUUGUCUCUGACGGGUUUCGGAGCAAUGUUCGGCAUCAUUGCGUUCAAGGCGGUCGUGGCUAACGUGACUAACGCUAACUGCUUCAACGGCGUUGCGCCGCAAUACAUCCCCAAGACCACGCUGUGCUGCGACCCCUUCGCCCUGGACCCCGAGAAUAACUGUCCCAUCGGAACCGUCGAUCUCACCAAGUACACUGACCUCCUCAACCGUCCGAUCAACACCACGCAGUGCAUGAACGAUACCCAGUAUCCCAAGCCGAUUUUCACGCUCCCGCCAUCCCCGCCUGUCCCCAAGGCGUCGGGAGUUGCGCGUCCCACGCUUGCUGGGGCUUUUCUUGCGAUUGCGCUCAUGAUGUUUGCAUGA